AUGGCUCCGCCGCCAGUCCAUACCCUAGCCACGAUCGGAAACAUCCCGUGUGAGAGAUGCCUCAAGAGAGGCUUGGAGGACGUCGCCUGCGUUCCGGCUGGGUAUAAAGGAACCUGCCAGGCUUGUAGAAACGCAGGCCGACAGUGCGUUAAGGUGGAAGAAACUCCUGCGGUUCGGGAGUUUAUGCUGCUCAGAAUGGCCAAAUGGUCCUUAGGUCAGACCGGGCAAGAUAUCCCAGAGGGCCUUGAAGACCAGCUCAAGGACAGCUGGGAUGGCCUGAUGGCCCCCUACCGUGAGGAGCGGUCUCGUGCGGCGCGGCCCGGCGGCCUUAUUCGUGCUAGGAAUAGUAAAAGGAAGUUAAACCGUGCAGGGGAGGCGUGGUUCGAUAGCUGA